AUGGAUGACUUGAAUACCCGACGUCAUUUCUUAUUGGAAGAGUUGGCAGAAAUCGAUGACACUAUCGCGGUUUAUCGUCAGCUCGCUGGAGAUAAUGGAGACGUUGUGAAUGCUGAUACCGUCGAUCCGACUCUUCCUUCUAGGGGUGACGACUAUGAAGACAACCACGAGAACGGCAAUAACGAUAUCGAGGAUGACCGACAAAUUGCAUUUGACUUCAAUGGUGAGAUGAUGGAGAUCUUCCCUGAGGGUCCAGGCUCUCCGAGUCUUACCUCCGACGACGACGUGGAAAUUAUCACGUCCUUACCCAAAGAACCUUCAAAGCUGUCACUUCGUGACACCCCGUUAGUUGUACUUGAGCGAGGCCCGAGCCAGGAUCCCAGGUUGAAGCCGGACCAGUGGCUAUCUGAGAAGCCCAAGGAGUCCUUCUCCCGAGACUUCCUCCAGGGUAUUGGCACACAACGCUUAUGCAACACCUUGCGUCCAGAGAUUUCUGUCAUUAUGCUCGCCCACCCCUACGCUGAGGGAUGUCCUGCCAAUAAAGCCUGCCACCACUGGGAGUUGCGCUGGGAUGACAGACCCCGCCGAGACCCUGGAACCAUUGAGUUGGAGCUGAUCUGCCUUGAUCGCCGUGAUCGCGGGGAUUACAUCGAUCCCCCUGGUAAGAAGUUCUAUAUGCUUGACCAGGAUCAUCCUCAACCCAUCAAAUGCGAUCCGUGCGUCUUGUUCAAUGGUCUCAAGCCUGACUUUAGUUGUCUGGAUGGAACAAACCUUGAUGUGGUUUUGUUUCGGAUGCUUCAACCUGACGAUGGCGAGGACGAUGAUCCCGUUGAGGGGCGAGAUGAGUCAGAAGGUAACAACCUUGAUUACCCUUUUGAAAAGAUUGGUUGGACCGAAUGUCACAGGUACAUGGAUCGCUGUGGUCGUCAGCUUGCGACAGUGUUGUAUGAGUGA